AUGUGGAAGACCGUGCUGCUGUUCUCUUUAGCCGGCCUAGGCUCUGCCUGGGGAGAAAUUUUAUCGCAGGAUACUUACACGGAAAAUCUACUAACUGUAGUGCCUUGUGUAAAGCGUCUCUGUGAGAAGUAUUUCAAAUCCGAACGAGUACUAAAAGGUUCACUUGUGAUUAUCAACAUCAAACCGGACACUUCAAUAUUUCAACUGAAUAUUCUUAAGUCAUUCAAUCACGAUCCUCGCCAUGAAAUGGGAGUAAUGGUAAAAGAUGGACGCAAAAAACAUUGGAAUGCAUCACAUGUUACGGAGAAGGCAAAAAACUAUAUGCUUCUGGUUGGCGAUUCUUCAGAACUUGAUGCACCAAUAAAUCAAUUACGGCAGUUGCCGACCUGGAAUCCGCUGGCACAAGUUGUUGUGCUAUUUACUUCGGAAAUGACUCCGUUAAUUUUCGAAAUCGAAGUACGCAAUGCAUUGCAAAAACUGUUCGAACAUUCCGUUUUGAAUGUAAACGUAAUGGUCCAACGUUACAACACGAGCGUUCUCGAGGUAUGGACUUGGUUUCCUUACGAAAACGGUGAAUGUGCAGACAACAUAGCUAAGAUUCGUUUAAUUGACGAAUGUGAAUAUGUUGAAGUUCCGACAGAAGAUAUGCAGACAGCGAUAGAAAAUUAUGAACGCAUAAACUCUGAAUUGGAAUAUUCAAAUGAAACAAUUUCCAAUAACUCGUUGGCUGAAGUAAUGGAAGCAACUGACGGUUUGAUAACUCUGCAGCCUGACAUGGUGUGGAUGUUUCGAGAAAAACACUACUUUUCCGAUUUUGGACCAAAAAUACCUAAGGAUUAUAACUUUUGUCCGCUUAAAAUUAGCACCGUAAUAUGGGAACCAUUUGUUGUCGGUAAUGCAACGUUAAUACAAAAGGGUUUAGAAGUGCUAAUGAUUGAAACAAUCACAGCUCGAAUGAAACUUACACCGGUAUACAAAAUUAUCGACGCUGAGCGUGCAACUGCUCGAAUUACUGAUGACAAUCAGACAGGUUUUUACGCAGAUUUGAUCCAUAGGAGAACAGAUGUGAUGAUCGGCGGCCUGUACGAAAAUCCCACAAGCAGAAAACUUUUGUCAUCUUCUAUACCAUACUAUCAGGAUGAGCUGACCUGGUGUGUUCCAACCGCACGUCACGCUCCAAAAUGGCUCAACGUAUUUAUCAUCUUUAAUGUGUGGACUUGGUUGGUGGCUAUUUUAAUCGUUUUUGUUGGAGCAGGUGUAAUUUUUUGCUUUAACCACGUGGAACAAAAAUACCCGGAAAAUUACACAUGGAUGGCUCUACAAUCCUUGGCAUUUUCCUUAAGUGUUUACGCUCAUUAUUGGCCAAAACGAUUCUCAACUCGGUGCUUCUUAAUAGGAUAUAUGAUCUACGGUCUUCAUUGGAAUGCAGCAUAUCACAGCUUCUUAAUAUCGGUCUUGACACGACCUCGAUUCGAAACGCAGAUUAACUCCGUUGAAGCUGCGAUUGCGGAAGGAUUUCAGUUCGUCGGGGCCGAAAAUACUUUGGUGCACUUUGAUAAGCCAGAACCAAUGGCGCAAUAUAUCGGUUCUGUGUAUGAAACAUGCUCAGAUAUGGACGAAUGUUUGGCGCGAUUACACUCAGAACGAUUUUUAGCGGUGGCCAUUUCGAGGGCUCAUUCACAAAACAGCAAAAAAGUCGGAGAAGCUGAAAUGUACUGUUUCCCCAGAAUUGAUAAUAUACAAACGUACUCGGUCGGGAUGAUGGUGAAAAAAGACUUUCAUCUGUUACCCAAAAUCAACGAUUUGAUAAGAAGAAUCAGUGAAUCGGGACUGCUGGGAAAGUGGCAAGUGGAGAGCGACAAAAUACGAAUAGACGAAGACUUGGGUGAUUCGGAAGGUGGUGUGCAUGGUGAUGGGCAGAUUGUGCUUGAAUUUGGACACAUCGAGGGGGCAUUCAUUUUGAUUUUUGUCGGAUUGGGCUUAGCCAUGGUCGCAUUUAUAGGAGAAAUUGUCUAUUUUAAAUUGAAGUUCAAAUUUAAGUGGAACGAUGAGUUAUUUUGCAAUCUGAUAUGCUAGGGCUUCUAUUGAAGAAAAACGUUUUAGUUUGUGCAGAUACUACUCAGUAGAACCAUAACGUUGACCCUGUAGUUGCUGUAAGCUCUAAGAGUACAUUACUGAAUGUUUCGGUAAACAGAAGGUUCGAAGGUAUUUUUUUAAACCAAUUUUGUAAAUACAGAGAAGAGGAUAAUCUAAU